AUGGUUAACGUUCCAAAGACUAGAAAGACCUACUGUAAGGGUAAGACCUGUCGUAAGCACACUCAACACAAGGUUACCCAAUACAAAGCUGGUAAGGCUUCCUUAUUCGCCCAAGGUAAGAGACGUUAUGACCGUAAACAAUCCGGUUUCGGUGGUCAAACCAAGCCAGUUUUCCACAAGAAAGCUAAGACUACCAAGAAGGUUGUUUUAAGAUUAGAAUGUGUUAACUGUAAGACCAAGGCUCAAUUAACCUUAAAGAGAUGUAAGCACUUCGAAUUAGGUGGUGAAAAGAAGCAAAAGGGUGCUGCUUUACAAUUUUAA